AUGGCCACCAAAGCGGCUCGAUUCCAAAAAAAUAACAGUACCGCUGGAAGCUCUGACAAGGAACGAGCUCCUGCUGGCUCUGCCGCCCACGAACCGGACAUCGCGGCUGGACAAUUGCGAAUCCGAAAGUGCAUGUCACUUCCGUACGAGCAAGAGUACAAGUCCAUCUUGAAAUGCAAGACUGUAGAUGAGAGCUUGCACAGCGUAGCGCGGUCAGAACCAGCCGACAUAGGAAGAUCCGAUAAGGGCAUUACCUUUGGCAACAUUGGAGUCCGCGAAUAUUCUCGGACGUUGGGUGACAAUCCUUCUUGCAGUAGCGGUCCACCAGUCAGCAUAUCUUGGGACUACAAGCCGCUGCGGGAAAUGUCUGUGGAAGCCUAUGAGGAAAGCAGACCUUCCAGACGAAGCCAAAUGGAAAUGGUGCUACCAAGGAAGCUAAGGUCCGAAAUGCUAAAGAAGGACUGGGCUAUCAGCCAACGCCAGAUUGCGGAAGCAGUCCGUCGCAAUGUCAAGAUCAAGAACCAAAGAAGGACCACUGUAAACAACCUUGGAAAGGCAAGCAGUUUCGAAGUUACCUUUGAAAAACUUACCAGGAAAAUCAAACGAACACUUAUGUUUCAAAAGUCGGUAUCGAAACAGUGCAAGGAACUAGAAAUGAAGCACAACGAAGCCCAGCGACUGCGAAAGCAGCAAAUGCUGGAAGCUCAAAUGGCAGAUGAAUAUGAAACGGAGGCCCGCUCUGUGGUCUCCAAGGAAGCCAAGGAUUCCGUCGUAGAAGAAAAAUCUGGAGUUUCCGUGGAUAGUCCAAUGCAAGAGCCUGAAGAAGAAAGUGCUACCGAAGAUAUCUAG